AUGGGAGCCCACCUCAGCGCGCUGGCUACAGCCCUGCAGACGCCCCAGUCCGACAAGGAUAAUAAGCACAAGAGCACAAGGAAGGCCCAGGAGGCCCUCGACAAAACCAUCAUUUUCGAAGAGGAGUGCAAGGAGUGGCUGCGCAAGGCAUCAGCGGACCUCCAGCAGAAGGUCCAGGCCGCUGCCGCCACGGCAGCCGCCCACCAGCGCCAGCUCCGCAGCAGCCUGGAGGCGCAGCCGCCCUCAUCGCUCCAGCCAGCGGCCAUCAACCUCACGGCCAUCCUCGAGACCACGGAGCCUGACGACUUGGGCAAGUUGGUCUGCUUCGAGGACGGCGACCUCUUCUCGUUCGGCGACCUGGAGCUCGAGCAGGAGGAGAUCGAGCAAUGGAACCGCCACAAGUCUGAGCUGGCCGCCGAGGUUGGCAAGCUCAUCGUCGCAGCAGCCGGUCCAUCCGCGCAGGGGCUGGCUCAGAGGAAGCAGGCGUUCGCCGAGUACCGCGCCCGCAUGGCGCACAAGCGGCGUCGCACCGCAGCUGGUGGCAUGGCUGCAGGAGGUGACCCAGCCCAGCAGAGAGAGGCCGAUGGGGGGCCUGGGGGCCAUCCUGACGGGGACGGCGCAGCGGCGGCUCGCGCCCCCGCCGCGGCGCCUGGCCCUGGGGCCCCGCCCGCGCCCGCUGCGGCGUCGACCGCGGGCGACCCGUCAGGCGCGGCCCCCGAGCCAGCUCCCCCAGAGGCCUCGCCCGAGGACCUCGCCAAGACGCUUGCUGAGGCUCGCGCCAGGCGUGAGGCCUCAAGGGCCGCCGCUACCGCCGCGGAUGGCAAGCAGGGGCUUUAG